UACGAAAGAUGACAAAAACAACACCGUCGCACUGAGGAAGUGGACGGUUAACGGACGGUUAACGGAGAUUUAACGGACUUUUCGGACCGCGGAGCUCUUUGUCAUCGUGUCCUCUAACAUCAAGAUCAGAGGAGAUGUCUGAUCAGAACUUGGAGGCGAAGCUGAAGCAGAUGUUGAAGCAGGAGAAGAUCCAGCUGUGGAAUCCUCCGUUCAGUGAGGACAGCAGUGAGCUGGGUCAUCAGCACAUGAAGGAGCUGGCGGAGCGCUUCUCCCCUCUGCUGUGUCUACAGGUAGAGGAGGUGGGAGGAGCUCUGGAGGUCAUCAGACAGCAGGCGGUGAACCGAGGGAAAGGAAACAAGACGUUCAGAGAGACGAACGUAGCGACACUGGAGCUGCUGCUGCCCCGAGACACCAGGAAG